AUGGACGACCUCUCCUUCCUUGACACGCUCGGCGACCACGGCGCCAGCGAUGCUACCCUGAAAGCCGUACUCUCCAACGGUCAUGUAUACCACAUCUCGGACCGCAUCUGCCCUUACAAAUUUCUCGACACCUGUCCGUUGCUGUACCAUGCUUUCGAGUAUGGCUUUCAGGCUCGCCCCCAGGCCAGCAUCGACGCCCCUUCAAGAACAGCCAUCAUCUCACUCCUACGGUACUGCUAUACGGGCAGCUAUCUUACCGUGGACGCCGAAUAUCUACCUAUCCACCUUCUUCUACAUGCCGAAAUAUACAAGAUGGCAGAAGAUUUCGAUGUUCCCGAGCUCCAGCUUCUUGCGCAUGGCAACUUCUCUUGCCAAAUCGAUUGCGCUUGUGCUCUCCCGACCCCUCCUUCGGAUUUGCUCGAGACGAUUCGGUUCAUUUACCAGAACUACGCCGACUACCCAUCGCGCCAUGAGCAUGGUCUGGUAAACAACCUUACCAACUACUGUAUCUCGAAUUUCUUUUAUCAUAAACUUGGAGCGAAUGCAGAUUUUGCGCAGGUCGUUUCUGAAAUUCCGGCAUUUCGUCAGGAUCUUUGCCGAACCAACAUAGAAAGGAACUUCCAGGAUGACUGUGCCUUUGAGAUCAUCCGACUCGCGCUUGAUACCCCUCAAGUCCACUCUGGCAUCUACCCAACACUGCUUGCCUCGAGAGACCUACCGCAGGAGAUGCUGUUCGAAAUCCCACCUAAUUCUCCUCCUGCGUCGUCGAACCCUGUCAUUCUCGGUGCUAUGGCGAUUGUCAAAGAUGAAGACUGCAGGAGCAUUAGCGACAUCAUAAAUGAAGCUAUGGGGGCAGACGAAUCGAUGGACUCAGACAGCACAAGUGGAUCCGCCGCCACUACACUUGUUCACCGGCCUAAGAAUUUACGGGUGGUCGAUGUUUCAGAUUCAGAGUCUAAUUCAUCAAGCGACGAGGACGGAUUCGCCUUGGUCCAUCGACCCAAGCCGCUUGCUCAACCUACACCCGACGAGCCAAUGUCGAGUCCCAAGUUGAUCCCCUUCACCCCAGUCGACAUCCUAGCGGCGACCGGCAGCGACUAUCCUAGCGACGACGAGUGGGAUAUGCUUCGUUGCCGUCCACCCCCCUACUCUAUCCUGAACCCGCGCGACCGCCUGAUAGUCCAGCACCCCUCACCUGCAAAUAUCCUCACGCAGCCACAAGGCCACUCAUCUGCGCCAACGCCAGCCAACGCCACUUCAAAUGCAGCCCAACAUACACGGAAACACAUCUCAGAGGCUGGAAACGCAAAUAUCAGCCAUCUUCGCACACCAUCCACCCCUAGCCUCCGUUCAGCAAUAAACGCAAGCCAAGAAGACAUGCAAAACUCCUCAGACUGCAUCAAGAACGACAUCCACAACAACCACCUACUGCGACAAACUCCUCCAGAAUGCCAGUUACAAUCUAAAUGCUCCACUUCCGUGCCCGAUACACACCAACCCCCACCACAUCGCAUGUCCUCACCUACUGUGGUCAAGAAAUGCACGCACUGCCACAGCGAUCGGGAGACGUUCGAAUUCCCAUCAUCGACCCCGACAGCACGAUGUCAGCAUCCGAAUACGACGUGCUCGUACUGUCUGCACAAUAUCAUUCUGCAAGCUGUUAACAUGAGAGGGUGGGAUGAUGUGCGUUGCGAAGAGUGUUGGACGCGACUUUCACUGAGUGAGAUACAAAAGGGUGUUUUGUUGUGGAUGGAGAAGGGGUGA